AUUCGUCAAUCACUUGGAACAGCUGAUGGAAAUGGAAUAGCUUUUUUUCGCAGCCGUCCCGGCCGUCCCUCGUUCUCGCGUCGCAUGGCAGUCGCCUUCACGAUCUCUCACAAUUUCGCCAGUCGCGUCUGUCGAGAUAUUCUUCGCCCCGAGAUCGCAACAUGUACGCGUCCCUCGACAGAAACUUCGCCCGGCUUUGACGCUCCGAAGGUCUUGAAGCUCGACACGUCGCGGACGCCCCGUGGCACGAUAGACCGGCACUUGCCAGCGCGCGUCCCGUUUCGGCCGAGAGAAAGAAACUUAGUCGCGACAGAACCUUUUCCCCUCGGACCGGACUUAAAGCUCAGAUGUACAAGUCGCAGUUCGUCGGUCUGGAUGAUAAACCGUGCGACACGAAGUGUCCGUUGUGCGAUCGCAGGUUCGUCCUCCCGACGACCGAGCAGGACUUUCUCACGCACCUGUUCGAGGCGCAUCGCCUCGUUAUAGCCGACGUUUGGAAAAUAGCCAGUUUGAGAAGUUACGUACAUUACUGGAGCAUAAAGUUUAAGGAAGCGCCGUUGACGACUUAUUGCACCACACUGUUAAUGGACUGCACGCCGGACGGACAGCCGAGUAAAGAUGAACCUUAUUUCCUGCUCUCCGACUGUCUGUCGGAGGACAAGACCUUGAGGGACGAGAUACAUCAGGCUAAACUGGAAUGGACAUUGGCGCAACAGGAAGCUGAGCGUGCAGACACCAGUUUCAAGCGGGGCUGCAUAUUCUGCCGCACCGAAAUCUGCGGGUCACGCGCUGCGUACAUAAAACACCUUUACCAGAAGCACAAUCUCUACCUCGGCAAGCCAGAAAACCUGGUGUUCGUCGACGAGCUGUUGGACAAGAUCCAACACAACGUCGAGAGUUUGAUAUGCAUUUAUUGCGAGGGGACGUUUAAGGAUCGUACGGUAUUGAAGGAGCACAUGCGAAAGAAAUUCCACAAGUGCAUAAAUCCUCAUAAUAAAACGUACGACAAAUUUUAUAUAAACAAUUACCUGAAUCCAGAAAGGACAUGGAAACAAAAACAGGUAAUCUACGGCUUGGGCUUAGAAACGUACCUCGGAAAUGCAAUUUCCCGAUGUCUACAGGCUCAUUCGAAAACAAAUCCCGAUGCGGGAGGCGGCAGUAGCGAAAAUGAGGACGAGGAGAGUUCGUGGUCCGAUUGGAAUGACGAAUCUAUCGGGAUAACGUGUCUGUUUUGUAAUUAUAGCAACAAGGAAUUUACCUGCAUCCUGGGACACAUGAAAGAGACGCACAGCUUUGACUUUGAAGAAACCGUCAAAGACCUGAAUUUUUAUCAAAAAGUGAAAGUAGUCAAUUAUAUAAAGAGACAAAUUCAGUUGCAGCGAUGUAUUUUCUGCGAAACAGCAUCGGAUAACGUUUUAGAACACAUGAAGAGUGAACAGCACUGUAAAAUUGCCACACAAAAAGUUUGGGAUCAGCCAGAAUAUUACUUUCCUAUGUCUGAAAAUGACUCGUUUUUAUACAAUCUUGAUGCAGCUAGCAAUAGCGAUGAGGAAAGCGAGAAUUUGGAGAACGUAGAGAAUCUUACUGAAGCAAUGUGUAACUUGUAAACAAUUUUCCCUGAAAAGAAGCUAAAUUUUAUUCGAUGUACUAAUGAAAAGUUUUUGAUUUAUAUUGUUUUGUGAAGUAUUGCAUUCUUAUAUAUUAGGAUUUUUUGUGUAUAUGCGCUGUUAUUAUCUAAUAAAUUGAUCUCUGUUGCUUUUUAAGA